AUGACCUUGCUCGAUGUAAUAACAAAGGCCUUACCUAAUGUUGAGCCACUUUGUUCCCAAGCAGACCACCCAAUAAUGUUAAACCCUGAUCGCAUUUUCCUGAACUUGAAGCCUGAAGUUGAAAACUCAUAUCCCACCUCGCUUAAAGUUGGGUUUUUGAUGGGUAGAGAUGUAUUAAGUUUGGUUUCGGAAGCUUGUAUUAUUUUGGAAAUUUGGGAAUUGCUAGAGGCUUUGAUUGUUAACGGACUUGUUGACCAUUCAUGUUAUCCAAAUUUGGCUGUAAAUGUUGCUGCCAACUUGAGGGCGGAUUUGCUCUUCGUCUUAAACAUGCUCGCAAUUUGGGAAGAAUUGGAGAGUCAAGCUUUGCUCUCUGUUGAGAAGGCAAGACUUGGAAAGAAAUUGCGUUGGGCCAAGGAGGCUUCAAUUUUGCUUAUGGUUGCACAUGAUGGAUUUUCGGAUGCCGAGCUUUGUUUGCAUUAUUUGUUAGCGUCAAAUAAUGUUGAUGAGGUGAUAUUGUCGUCUUCAAUUGGUAAGUUAGGUGGUAAAGAGACGGUGAAUUUGAUUCGGCACUUGGGGAAGUGGUUGACAAAGUAUGAGAACUUCCUCCAGCCAUUCCAUGAAGGCUUCCUCUGCUUUGGGGUUGAAGGCCUGUAA